AUGGAACCCCGCACCGUGAUCCCAAUCGACAAGAAUUGGGAGUUUAAGCAGACCGACAAGGAGGAUAGCAAGUACCUCCCCGUGGGCCAAUUCCCUACUAACGUUCACCUGGAUUUGCUUGCCCAUAAUCUCAUUCCAGACCCUUAUAUCGGCAAGAAUGAGCUUGACGUACAAUGGAUUGGCGAAGCGGUCUGGGUCUACCGGACCAGCUUCCCUUCGCCUGCAACUAAGAGCUCUGCGAAAGCAGUUCUUGCCUUCGAUGGCUUAGAUACUUUUGCCACUGUGGUACUUAAUGGAAAGACUAUUCUGGAGACUGAUAAUAUGUUCAUACCUGAACGUGUCGACGUUACGGCCGACUUGAAGAAGAAUGGCGGAGAAAAUGAGCUGGCAAUCACUUUCGAUAGCGCUUACUUGCGUGGAUGGAAGCUACUUGAGAAGCACCCUGAUCAUAAAUGGGGUUGCUGGAAUGGGGAUAGCUCUAGACUGGCUGUCCGGAAAACGCAGUAUCACUGGGGCUGGGAUUGGGGUCCAGCAUUGCUGACCUGUGGUCCCUGGAGACCAAUUAACCUUGAGAUCUAUGAAUCGCGUAUCUCUGAUCUCUGGUUCGAUAUCGAUGUGGGCAAGUCUCUAAAGGCCGCUACUGUUACUACUCACGCUCCUAUAGAAGGCACAGCCUCAACGAUUCAAUUCUCCAUCUCAUUGGAUGGCACUCCGGUUGCUAGUCAGGUAGUAGAUGCUGGCUCGAGCGCCACUUUUACCAUUUCCGAUCCAGAACUAUGGUAUCCGGUUAGAUACGGUAAACAACCUCUAUAUACGAUAUCAGCCACCUUGGAGGACAAUGGCAAAAUUAUAGAUACGAUUUCCAAGAAGGUUGGCCUACGAAAAGCAGAACUUGUCCAGAGGCCCCUAAAAGGGGAACCUGGUACGUCAUUCUUCUUUGAGGUCAACGGCAUCCCUAUCUUCUGCGGCGGCAGUGACUGGAUUCCGGCGGAUAACUUCAUUCCGCGGAUUAGUAAGGAGAGAUACUACGACUGGGUAAAGUUGGUAGCAGACGGAAACCAAUUCAUGAUCCGGGUGUGGGGAGGAGGUAUCUACGAAGAGCAGGCCUUUUAUGAUGCCUGUGAUGAACUCGGUAUCUUGGUAUGGCAAGACUUCAUGUUUGGUUGUGGAAACUAUCCCGCUUGGCCGGACCUCCUAGCCUCGAUCAAACGCGAGGCGGAAGAGAAUGUCAAGCUGCUAAGACAUCACCCAAGCAUCGUAAUUUUCGCUGGAAACAACGAGGACUACCAAUACGCCGAAAGUGUCAAUCUUACUUGGGACCAGGAUAAUAAGGACGCCGAAAGCUGGUUAAAGACCGACUUUCCAGCACGAUACAUCUACGAGAAAAUCCUCCCCGAUGCCUGCCGAGAACUCGCACCGUCCAUCUAUUAUCACCCCGGAAGUCCUUGGGGUGGUGUCGACACGCGAGAUCCGACUGUGGGCGACAUUCACCAGUGGAACGUCUGGCAUGGCUCACAGGAGAAAUAUCAAAAUUUCGAUAAGCUAGUGGGCCGUUUUGUAUCUGAGUUCGGCAUGGAAGCAUUCCCAUCAGUCAAGACGAUCGAUGCUUACCUCCCUCUUGGUAAGGAUGAUCCGGACCGAUAUCCCCAGUCAUCUACGGUGGAUUUCCACAACAAGGCAGACGGCCAUGAGCGGCGUAUUGCUCUGUACUUGGUCGAGAAUAUGCGGUAUGCACCGGAUCCGCUUGAGCAGUUUGUCUACUGCACGCAGCUGAUGCAGGCCGAGUGUUUGGCCUCGGCAUACCGGCUUUGGAAGCGUCAAUGGAAAGGGCCAGGACGCGAAUAUUGCUCAGGUGCUCUCGUUUGGCAAAUAAACGACUGCUGGCCGGUUACUAGUUGGGCUAUCUGCGAUUACUACCUACGUCCUAAGCACGCCUACUUCACCGUCAAACGCGAGAUGGCACCGUUGUCCGUUGGAAUGACACGGCGAGAACACCAGCAUCCGCGCAACAAAUACACGCGCGUAGACAUCGAUACAAAGACACAAAUCGAGAUAUGGGGCAGCAAUCUUACUCUAGAGGACAUAACCGUUGACUGCGUAGUCAAGGCCUGGGAUGUCGAAACCGGGCAGGAAACAUACAGCGAGACCAUCAACAAAGAGCCCAUCGUCCUCCCCAAGAAUCAAUCGACCGAGAUCGCGGCCUUCGAUGUCCCGGUGCCGAAGAAGGAUAAAGGCAUACAUGCUAACCGUACCGUGGUCGCGGCGUACCUGGUUAGUCAUGCCGAUGGCACCCAGCUCGCGCGCUACGUCAACUGGCCCGAACCCCUGAAGUACCUUCAUCUACCGAAGCCGAAGCAAUUAAGUGCUAAGCUAAGCGCCGAUUCUACGAUGGUAGCCGUCUCGGCUGAGGUCCCGGUCAAGGGUGUCGCGCUCGAGUGCGACGAUGACGGGGUGAAGUUUGAGGAUAACUUAGUAGAUAUUGUGCCUGGUGAAGUGGUUGAGAUUAAGGUGCGUGGUGCGAAGAAGGGCACUGUGAUUGAGACUCGGUAUUUGGGUAUGGUUUAG